UGGAACUACAGGUCCCAGCGGGCAGCGCGUCCCGCGAGGGGACUCCUGACAGCUGCCAGUGUAUCUAACGGAGCGGAAUCCUCGGGCUCGCUCUGUCCUUCUGCAAACAUGUCCAGCCCGAAGAGCAAACCGGGCCGGAACCCUGCAGAGAGUCACCGGCAAGAGUCCGCGCAGUUGCUGAUCUUCAACUUCUUGCUGAUCCUCACCCUGUUGACAAUUUGGCUUUUUAAACACCGGAGAGUGCGCUUUCUGCAUGAGACUGGCGGGGCUAUGUUUUACGGUCUGAUAAUGGGACUGAUCCUACGUUAUGCCAUUCCGUCCCCUGAUCCUGAAAACAGUAUCGUGCACCAUUGUGAGAAUGUGACCACUAGCCCUGGGACUUUGCUGCUAAACGUUACAGACCGCUUGUAUGAGUAUGAGUUCAAGCGGGAGAUUGCCAAACACAACGUGAAUAAUCGGCAGGGGAAUGAGAUACUUCGGAAGGUCACGUUUGAUUCGGAAAUUUUCUUCAAUGUCCUCUUACCUCCGAUAAUAUUCUACGCUGGAUACAGCCUGAAAAAGAGACAGUUCUUCAGGAAUUUGGGGUCAAUUCUAACCUAUGCUUUUAUUGGCACUGCCAUUUCCUGUAUUGUGAUUGGCAUCUGUGGUUAUCACUGUCUCCAAGUCCCAGUGCAUGGAUAUUGCUUCAGAGACGUUAUUACAGACUUGACCAUGCUCGCCAUCUUUCAUGAGCUCGACGUAGACGUCCAGCUGUACACGCUGCUGUUUGGGGAGAGCGUUCUGAACGACGCGGUCGCCAUUGUCCUGACAUACUCCAUCUCCAUAUACAGUCCGACGGACAACCCGGAUACAUUUGAUGCUGCUGCUUUCUUCAAAUCGGUUGGAAACUUUGUUUGGAUUUUUGCUGGUUCAUUUGCCAUGGGGUCAGCAUACGGUGUUGUCACAGCUUUGUUAACGAAAUUCACCAAACUCUGCGAAUUCCCAAUGCUGGAGACUGGGAUCUUUUUCUUGUUGUCCUGGAGUGCAUUUCUCUCAGCGGAAGCCAGUGGUCUUACAGGAAUUGUUGCUGUGCUCUUCUGUGGAAUCACACAAGCUCAUUACACCUACAAUAACCUUUCUGAUGAAGGAAAGAUGAGGACAAAGCAGCUCUUUGAGUUUAUGAACUUCAUGGCUGAAAACUUCAUCUUUUGUUACAUGGGUGUUGCACUGUUCACCUAUCAGAACCACAUCUUCAAUGCACUCUUCAUUUUUGGAGCCUUUAUUGCCAUCUUUGUGGCACGGGCUUGCAACAUCUAUCCUCUGUCAUUCCUACUCAACCUGCGACGUAGAAGAAAAAUCCCUUGGAAUUUCCAGCACAUGAUGAUGUUUGCAGGGCUACGAGGUGCCAUUGCAUUUGCCCUGGCAAUCCGGGACACCGACUCAAAACCCAAGCAGAUGAUGUUCACCACAACGCUGCUCAUUGUAUUCUUCACCGUCUGGGUCUUCGGAGGCGGGACCACCCAGAUGCUCACGUGGCUUCACAUCAGGGUGGGUGUAAAUCCAGAUGAUGAACUUCACAGGGAAAGUGUAUGUGUGAACAGUGGUAGUCAGCAGGAGGUAAGCAACACCAAGGCUGAAAGUGCAUGGCUGUUUCGGAUCUGGUACAACUUCGAUCACAAAUACUUAAAACCAGCGUUGACACAUUCUGGUCCACCGCUCACAACAACGUUGCCAGCAUGGUGUGGUCCCAUUGCUAAGCUACUGACCAGCCCUCAGGCGUACCAGGACCGUAAGAAGGAAGAUGACACAGAUUAUAUAAUCAAUAACGAUGAGCUGUCAAUGUAUUAUGAAGACAAAGCAGUGCCUGCUUCCAGCUCGGGGGAGGAGCCAGGAAAGGAUAUUCCUAACCAAGAGCAACCAGGGGACAAGGAUAUCUUCCAUGAAGGAUAAAUCCAAUGGACCGUCGGCGCUACCUCAAAAUAGAUUCCAGGUGGCUGUGCAUUUGAAAUUGUUUUUUUGGCACAUUUUCUGGUGAGGGAACAAGAUGAAAAGGGAGAUUGUAAAGGUCCCAUUUACUUAGACCAAUUCAACUACUCCAGUUCUUAUGUUCCGAUUUGUACCUUCUCCUGCUUAGCAGUCUCAAAACUGUCAUACUAAAAUCCAAACCCACAGCCAGAGCAGCUGGACCAAUACUUAAACGGUGAGUUCAUGAAUUCCUAACAGUAACAAGCCUGAGACCAAAAGGCUAUCUGAUGACAUUUUUGGAAGAAUGUUAUUUUAAUUCUGUCCAGAGCCUUAGGAAUUUUGCCUGACCAAUCAAAUUUAUGUAACUGCACUGACUUUGAUGGCUUUUUCCUUUGAAAAGCUCUUUGAUGUCGUACUAAACUUUGCUCCUUUCUGUCUAUGAUAUAAAACAAGCCCCUGCUAGUGCCUCUUUGCAGUCAUGCAGAAAUGAUUCCUGUGCAGACUUCGCAAUAGUGCUCGGUUACUGCUGAAGAAGUACCUUUGCACUAUUAUGGAAACUUUCAAAAGUUAAUCAACAUAAAUGUAAUUGUACCUUUCUGUAUUCUUAGUAAUCUUGAAGGGUGUUAGAAUCCUAAAGGUCAGUGGUACUUUUCUUAUAAUGUAACAUUACAUUCCACUGUUCUGUUGGUGUAAUGGAUUGAAUUCCAGUCAUGUUCUUCAUAGUCUCUGGUAAUGGUUGACUAAGACAAGUCACCUAUAAACUGAAAAAAUUAUGGAACUCAACUAUUUCAGUGUCUUAGUAAAUAAAUGUAUUGUUUGAA